CACACAUCCCUCAACACCAGUGGGGGUUUUCUACAAAUGUACAACCCAAACCACUCGUUUCUUCCUUCCUUUCUCACUCAUCUCUUAAACAAUCUUUCUUCCCAAAUUUCCCAUCUCAUCGUCUACUCAUUCGUUUUGUUAAAUAUAAAACCCAGAGAAUCUUCAAAGAGGAAGAAGCGAACGGAAUUCAGUUGAAGAUUUUCUCUGGGUGGAAGUUGGAAGAGCAGGACUUAGAUACGGAGGUGAGGAACCAACCAACAUGGUAAUAAUAGCGUAGCUGCUUAGGGCACAGAAUGAUGAGACACGGACAACAUUGACAUAUAGGAGGAAUUUGCUUUGUGCCUUUGUCAGAAGUUUCAUCAUUCUUCAAGGAUCCUACCUUCCACCUUGAACUUACAGGUAAAAACCAAAGGAUUGGUGUGGUGUGCCUACUGCUUAGUCUUCUUCUAUUCUAUAGCGGGCUUCAUAUAAGGGCUCUCACUCCCCCCUUUGCGAUAGCUUUCCUUCAAUGCUCUCUAAGUAGUGUUUCCUUGCAGCAGCAAUGAAGAAACAAGUUCUUGAUUAUUUUCUUGUCCCGUCGGGUCUUCUGCUAAUGGUAGCUUACCACAUCUGGCUCCUCUAUCGGAUCUUAAAGCAUCCUACAAAGACAGUCAUAGGCAUCAAUGCCAUCAACAGGCGCAUUUGGGUUCGAACCAUGAUGGAAGAUAUGUCCAAGAAUGGCGUUCUUGCUGUACAGACGCUAAGAAACAACAUAAUGGCAUCAACUCUGUUGGCAUCGACAGCAAUCAUGCUAAGCUCCCUCAUUGCAGUGUUAAUGAGCAACAGUAAUGCUCAGCCAUCUGGGUUUGUCUAUGGUGACAAGAGCCAGCUUGGAUUCUCAAUCAAGUUCUUCUCAAUCUUGGUCUGCUUCCUAGUGGCUUUCCUCUUGAAUGUGCAGUCCAUUCGGUACUACAGUCACGCAAGCAUCCUUAUCAAUGUGCCCAUCAAGAAGAUCCCUUCUACAUCAGCCCAUCUGAUGACAGAGUAUGUAGGGAGGGCCAUGAACAGGGGCAGCUACUUCUGGUCUCUUGGCUUGCGUGCCUUCUACUUCUCUUUUCCUCUAUUUCUGUGGAUCUUUGGGCCUAUACCCAUGUUCUUGUGUUGCCUUUCCCUGGUUUUCUUGCUCUAUUUUCUUGACAUCACCCUUGAAUUUGGUUUGGCAAAGGGAAGUGUUGAUGAUGACAAGGACGAGGAAGAAGGGAGGGAGCUCAGGUGACAGUUACUUUUGUCAAUUUUUAGUGCUUAGCCCACUAAGGAGAACACCAUUUCACACUCAACCCAAGUUGAGUUGAUUAUGUUAGUCAACAGAAAGUUUAAUAUAUUAAAGCCUAUAGUUUUAGCAUGUGAGGGUGCAACCAUUCCUUGAAAUUGUUUAUUUUCUUGUAUUAGCACUUGUUAAUAAUUUCUCUUUAUGCCUUCAUUCUGUAGUAAAUUCCAAAGAAACUCAAAUCUUCAUUUACA